AUGUACUACCAUUUUCCCAUGGAUGAAAGAGUGGCUGGUGGCAUAGCUGGACGUUACGUACAUGGACCACUGACUGUAUUCGGUGAUGUCAACCUUGUCAAGGGUUGGGAGAACAGUGCUGCGAGUUUCCGCAUCGGUCAAGGGAGGAUGGAAUCAGAACGUGGAAGCACCAUGAGCCAGUGUAUAGCAAGCGAAACAUUCUGUGACUCCGGGUAUUCGACCUAUUUCUGGUUCAACCCCGGGAAGACUUCUUCAUUUUCAACCGUACCAGGCGACGGCAUUGACCUCCUUGGUAUCGGACUUGAUAACAAUGCGGCACAUCCAGGAUUUCUCUUCACUACCCCAAGUGCCAGCAGAAAAACCUUUCGACUUGAGAUGACUGUCAAUCAUACAAUGUAUCAGGCGUUCGUAACCCUGCCAGGCGACUGGUGGUCUCACAUUUCCUUUGGGCGUACAGGGAACGGAAAGGCAGUGAUAGGUGUCAACGGGAUCGAAAUGGCUGACGUCACCAGUACAUCCGUAGGAGAGGUCAACGUGGAAACGGAUAGUUGGCUGUUCAUUGGUCCAACUGGAGAACAACCCAUCUCUAGUACAGUAGGAUUCGACCAGAUUAUAUUUUACGAGAGAUGGAUUCCUCCCGAACAUCUACUUUCUGAAAUAGAACACAAGUUAGAGAUAGAGCAGCCAAACAAAUCUCACCAGAAUGGUGAUCUAACCUGUCGAGCCAUUGGGAACGUCACAACAACUACAGAUGGUCAACAUAUGCUGGGGACUACAGGAUAUUUGAACUGUGGAAAUAAGUAUAUGUCGUGCGUCGGCAGCACGGUUUACUGUGCCCGCGGAUUCAGCCUCGUGUUUUGGCUCAAGGUACAAUGUGAUGGCGAUGCCAGCAGUAGAACGAUCAUCAGUAAUAUGGGACAGUGGUCCCCGGUAACCAGCAGGGGAGUCCGACUUGUGUACCAGCCUGGCAGGCAGGAGUUGGUCCUCACUAUGGCGAGCAGGGAAGGAAACGUGUACGAGGCGAAGGCAAACAUGACACUUGGAACGUGGACUGAGAUUCGGGUUGUUGGAUCAGACGAAGGGGCGACACUCAUAGUAGGAAGCAUCGAGGCUGCUGGGGUGGAAAUUGCGUCUUUUGGUCAACUGACUUAUGACAUGGAAACGACAUUGAUGAUAGGAAGAGAUGAAAGAGAAUGUCCAGUAUCAGAUUACGUCAGUUUUAACGGAAUUUGCUACAAGCACUUUGCUGAGGAGAAGACGUACGCCGAGGCUCGACAGACGUGCGCUUCAGACGACGGGCUGUUAGCCAUGCCGAAGGACAGUGCUUCCAACGCGUUUAUCUUCAAUCUCGGAGGUGAAAAUCAUUGGCUGGGAUUCACUGACGUUGACACAGAAGGCCAGUGGGUAUUUGAGGACGGCCAAACCCUAGCGUCAUCCGGCUAUACCAACUGGAAAGUCAAUGAGCCUAAUGAUUUGGGGGCAGAGGACUGUGCUCAAUUUAUCCCACCGUCGGAUGAGUGGAAUGAUGUACCAUGCGAUCGCACUUUCGGAUUUGUAUGCCAGAUCUCAGGGUGUCAGAAUGGUUACUCGUACUUCUCGCAUACUGGCCGGUGUUACCGUGCCUACGACACAGAGAAGACCUUCGAUGAGGCUUUGGCGACCUGUGAAGCAGAGGCAGGCACCCUGGCCAUGCCUCGGGAUGACAUCACCAAUGACUUCCUCGUUGCUUUGAAAAAUACCGUGAACGUGGAUUUGGGGUUCUAUUUUGGGCUGGACCAUAGGGGUGGAGCGUGGACUUACGUAGAUGGAGGAGCGCUGGGUUACACCAACUGGGGCGCCGGAGAACCUAACGGUGGAAGCGAGGAAUGUGGGGGUUUCUUUCCGGCAACAUUCAGUACAACGCAUCUUAGGGAUAAGUGGAACGACGGGCCCUGUUCGGGAAAACAUGGUUUCAUCUGUGAAUCAGUGAAGGGAGCUGAACUAGUAGGCUUGUGGCCAUUAAACGUGGAGUCUGGCGCAUCAGACGUAACAGGAAACGGAAAUGAUGCCGUAGCAAGAGGAACCCUGUUAUCACCAGGUCCGUUUGGAGACACCGAUGGAGCGUUCCUGUUUUCGGGGACUGUGGGUUCCUACCUCGACAUUCCCAACAAUGGCAGGCUGGAUGUGCGCUACUCCCACACCGUACUGGCGCACAUAUAUCCUACUGGUGCGGCAGGGCCGAUUUUCGCCUAUAUCACAAACGGCAAUGAUUGGGGAGUCCAUUUUUUUCAGACAGGACCACAGGAACUGACCCAUCGGGUUGUUGGAAGGAACCGCAACAAUGAUUCCCCCUUCCUUAUUGCGAAUGUGCUGAAUCAGAAUACUUGGAAUUACGUGGGCGGAUCCUACAACAGUGUCACGGGAAUGGCAUCCGUCUGGAACAACGCUCAGCUAGUCAAUGAAAUAUAUGCUGGAGUUGCAGAAGUCAAAACUCAGUACCCGAUCCGCGUGGCGAUGAAGGACGGAGAUAGUCGGAUCUUCGCGGGUCGUAUCGCCUGUCUACAGCUGUACAACUAUGCCAUGACUCCAGGACAGAUUGAAGCAGCACGGUAUAAGUGUAAGACAAGCGUUGUUCCCAGAAGAGUCGGUUUCUGGCCGUUGAAUGCAGAACAUCUUGCCGAUGACAUCAGUGGAGGAGGCAACCACGGCGUGGCUGUAGGAACAACUUUGACAGAGGGACCCAAUGGUGAAGCUCAAUCAGCAUUCAGCUUUGCUGGAAAUAGUCAAUCCUACAUAGAAAUUCCCAACAAUGGAGAAUUGGAUGUGAAAAGAUCCUUCACUGUACUGCUGUUCGCCUACCACCUUGGAGGUAGUUCAAUGUUGGACUAUAGAAGCCCUGGGCUAGGGACACAUAUUUGGAUCUGGCCGGACCGCCAACUUUAUGUUUACGCCAACAAGUAUGUACCAUGA